AUGCCAUAUUACAGAUCGAACGCGAAUCCUUCCCGUCCGAUUUGCUGGCAUUUUGCUAAAGGAAAUUGUAACAGAGGGACGAGUUGUCAUUUUCGCACAAACAAUAAGAUACAAGUUCUCAAGUCGAAACCUAACUCGAACCGUCAUCAAAAUAAGAGUGCUCCAUCGGUUUGCCGUUAUUUCUUGGAAAAUCGUUGUAUAUUUGGAGAUUCAUGUUGGAAUAAACAUGACAAACAUGAUGACGUCAAUAAUGAAGUGAGCUCUACUAGCACUAACCGUAUUCGGAAAAACGACUUGAAAGAUCAAAAAGAACAAAAUGCAAAAAUGGUUGAUGAAGAGGGGUAUAUAUGUGGUAUUUGCUUUGUAUCUCCUAAAGAAUUUGGAUUACUUAAACAAUGA